AGAGGGUGGGAUCUUCCUGGUCUUCUCUACUAUUCCAAUGCGCUCGAUUUUCUUCAUAAAUUUUGCUUUUUCAGAAAAUUGAAGAAUUGUCUUGAGAAAAGCAUUUUUCUGAGUGGGGAUUCUGAAGAUGGAGUCCACUUUGGAAUUGAAGGAGCAUGUGGAGGAAAAUGAUGAAGUGGUGUUGAAUCGACAGAAUGAGGACUAUGACGUCUUGGAUGAAGAGGAAGAUGAGGAUGAUGACGAGGACGACGAAGAUGAUGAUGAUGAUGAUGAUGAUGAAGAGGAGGAGGAGGAGGAUGACGAUGAUGAGGAUGAGGCUGAGGAUGACGACGAUGAGGCUCCUGAUGGCGAAGAUGAUGAAGAAGACGAUGAGGAAGAAGCCACUGGCGAGCGCGGCGGUGAUGCCGACGAUUCCGACGAUGACAACGACGACGAUGACGAGGAGGAGGGAGACGAAGAGGAGGAUUUGGGAACAGAGUACCUCAUUCGUCCGGUAGCUACUGCUGAGGAAGAGGAAGCAUCUAGUGAUUUUGAACCAGUAGAGAAUGGUGAGGAUGAAGAUGAAGCUGAAGAUGAUGAAGAUGAGAAAGCUGAAGCUCCAUCAAAAAGAAAGAGGUCAGAUAAAGAUGACUCAGAUGAGGAUGAUGGUGGAGAAGAUGAUGAGAGACCCUCUAAGCGAUAGAGUGGGGUCCGUUCUUAUUUUGUGGGACUUCAACAGAUCACAGAUAGGUCGAUUUCUCACUCUUGUUUUUACCACUUCUUCAAAGAAAGGAUAGAAUGGGGGAAUUGGUUUUCACUCCUUUGUACUAUUAUGGUUUAGCGCAUUGCUAGGGUAGCUUGUUUCAUCUGAUGGGUACACUUGUCAAGGGUAGUUUAUGGGAAGCCACUUUUAAAAGGUUGGUCCAAAUUUGUUGGAGCCUAGAACUUAAUUUGUCUAUGGGUUCCUUUGUGGGCUUUUAUUAAGGGUUUCUUGUGCACUUCAAUUUCGGAUGUUCUGGAAAUGUUGGUAGAUCCUGCAUGGUUUUAUUUUCUAUUGUUGAUCUUA